CCUCCCAGCUUCCCACGCCUGCGGUCCGGGCAGUGGCGGUCCACGUCAGGGACCCAAAAGUGGAGAUGGCGGCUCAGAAGAUAAACGAAGGCCUAGAGCACCUUGCCAAGGCUGAGAAAUACCUGAAAACUGGUUUUUUAAAAUGGAAACCCGAUUAUGACAGUGCUGCCUCUGAAUAUGGAAAAGCGGCUGUUGCUUUUAAAAAUGCCAAACAAUUUGAACAAGCAAAAGAUGCCUGCCUGAAAGAAGCUGUUGCUCAUGAGAAUAAUAGGGCUCUUUUUCAUGCUGCCAAAGCUUAUGAGCAAGCCGGCAUGAUGUUAAAGGAGAUGCAGAAACUCCCCGAGGCUGUUCAGCUGAUUGAGAAAGCCAGCAUGAUGUAUCUAGAAAACGGCACCCCGGACACAGCGGCCAUGGCGUUGGAGCGAGCUGGAAAGCUCAUAGAAAAUGUAGAUCCAGAAAAGGCUGUACAGUUAUAUCAACAGACAGCCAAUGUGUUUGAAAAUGAGGAACGCUUACGACAGGCAGUUGAAUUACUAGGAAAAGCUUCUAGACUGCUAGUUCGAAGUCGCAGGUUUGAUGAGGCGGCACUCUCUAUUCAGAAAGAAAAAAAUAUAUAUAAAGAAAUUGAAAAUUAUCCAACUUGUUAUAAGAAAACAAUUGCUCAAGUCUUAGUUCAUCUCCACAGAAAUGACUACGUGGCUGCAGAAAGAUGUGUCAGGGAGAGCUACAGCAUUCCAGGGUUCAAUGGCAGUGAAGAUUGUGCUGCACUAGAACGCCUUCUUGAAGGGUAUGACCAGCAAGACCAAGAUCAAGUCUCAGAUGUCUGCAACUCACCCCUUUUCAAAUACAUGGACAAUGAUUAUGCGAAGCUUGGCCUGAGUUUGGUGGUCCCGGGAGGGGGAAUCAAGAAGAAAGCAGCAGCAACACCACAGACCAAGCCUGACGGAACCACUGCCACCACUGCCGAGGAAGAUGAAGAUGAAUAUGCAGGAGGGUUGUGCUAGGGUCUCGGUUUACAGGAGAGAGAGCAUGACCCUGACUUACUCAUGGACUUGGACUUCUCGAAGGGUAUCCAGACUUCAGUGCAGUCAUGGUUGUGAAUGCUAAAAAAGACAAUUUUUAGUUUCCAUUUCCCCAAAUUACCCAUGGUACUCACUACCUGUGAUGUGUUUUCUGGUUUGUUUUCAUGCUAAAAAAUUUUUCUGAGACACCAGCACGAAUUAACAGAAAAAUGCACUAUCAAAAUUAAUUUUAAAAUUUGCAAGCCAAAUUCUAGAGAUUGUGUUCUAAACAAAACCAGAAAUAUUCUUUUCACUUAGGAUCUUAUAAUUUCUUGUUAGAAUUUCUUUGUGAUUUACUUAAUUAUUGCUGCUAAGAGUAAAGUUUACUGCUUAAACAAAAUAGUAUUUAAAAUUUUGUUUUGUUUUGAAAAGAACAAUUUUCCCCAUGACAUUACAUACAUAUCAUACAUUUAAAUUGUUAUAUAAUUUCAUGGGCAAGAUUGGGACAGAAGGCUCUUUUGAGCAUUAUAAAGCUAUUUAGCCCAAUAAAAGAUACAUUUAAAGUCUUACGUGAGUUUGAAAAUUUUGGUGGUAGCAUGUUAAUGUGACUUUCUAAUGUCUGCAGUUCACUCUGGAGUAUAGGUAUAUUUUCUACCAAAAGAGUAUAUACAAUGACAGACUCUCUUGACUACAUGUAAACUAAUGAGGGCCUUUUUUAUGCGUUCUAGCAAAAAAGUAAUAUUUCCAUCAGCCUGUAAUAUAUAUAUAUCUCCUCUAAAGUAAUUUCUGACUCAUUUAGAUUGGUAACUGAACAAGUAAUUUAACAUGUGAAGUGUCAUAUACUAUACAAAUUUAGCUGAAAGGAAAGUGUUGUUUGUAAAGGACAUAUAUUUAAGAAACUUUACUGCCAAUAUUUUAAUCCUUAAUGAUAGUUCCUCAAAGGUUAUUUUUGAAGCAUUCUUUUGUCACGUGGCCCAGACCCAUCUCCCAGUCUGUGAUUGGAGACUUCCCCAGUGUACGAUCUGCAGGCCGACGCUAUGCAGAGUGGCUUCCUGUCCCUCAUAUGCAUGCUCUGUCUCUUCCUACACUCUUGCCUUCUGUGAGUAUUGUAUGCUUAGUUCUGCUAAGAUUUUCCCCAAACACUAAGGUAAAUUAUUGUAAAUGAUUUUAGUCACAGUUGGUUCCGUGGGGAAGUGCAGACAGAAUAACCACCUUGUUUGGCAGGUGUUCUUGACAGGGAACAUGUUAGGAUAGAUCAUCUUGAUUGAUGAUCUGACUCUCAAAGCAUUAAUAAAUUUAACAUUCUGAUUUCUCAAGUUAUUUGUAUGCUUCUGGGAAUAGCUCCUUUCCAAUAAUUGUGUGGAGAUUAACUGAACAGUCUCAACAAAGAUAUAUUUAAGAAUUUGUGUUUAAAGGCACACUAAUGUUUCAGAGAGCUCAUCACUUGCUGCCAUACUCUGCAGCUCCAGUCAGGACCUUUGAUCAAUGCUCAGCUUCAGGAGUCUUUGAUUAAUGCUCAUUUGAACUAAUUAAUAAUUUGUUUAAGGCGAUUUGGCAGCACUUAAAAGAUAUUUCAGAAUCUUUGUUUAUAGACCAUAUUACCCGUUACAGUCUUGGAGAAAUUAUUUUUACUUUUAUUCUUUUCUUAUACAUUAAAAAAAAAAGACAGAAUGUGGAAUAGUUCAGUGCAUUUUGUAGCAGCAAUGUGACAGAGGCUUAAAAACCACGUAGAGGCUUUAUAGAAGCAUAAUCUUUCUCCACCCUCCCUGCCCACAGUAACUAGUGUGCAAUUCUUAUGAACUAGUUGAAGAACUUUUAAUAACUAGUUUAAGAAAUUAUAAAUUUUCUUUGAUGUUAGGGUUAGUCUAUGUGGUGUUUAGUAAAGCGCAUUGGUUCCACCUUUAUGCAUUUUAUUUUUCCACUUAAGUCUUUUAUCCUGAGAGUUUAGUCAGAAGUGGAAAAUUUGGUGUUUACAUCAGGAAAUUAUUUUCCAGAACUUGUGUUACACUUUUACCAAAGUGGAAAUCUGCAUGAAUAUGCUCAGAAUCUAAUAUUCAAUGUUCUAUAAUAUUAUAAGUGAAGUCAGUCUACAAAAUAUGUUUAAUAUAUUGAAGUUAUUUGUACAUAUGCAGAGUAUGGUAUAUGUGUAUGGAAUCUGUGCUUUAUUCCUAUUUUUUCCAGCUCUUUGAUGAGUAGACGAUUACAUAUAUUAUGGAAAUGCAGAUUAUUGCUUCUAUAAGAAGACAAUUAUGAAAAUAAAAUUUGAAACUAUGGGCA